AUGUCCCUCCAAAACAUCUGGCAUCUGCGCCGAGUAGCAGACACAGCAGCCAAAGCAUGUUAUAUUUGCUACAAGCCAUCAAGUAGUGUAUUAAUCACGCCUGAUAAUCGGGACUUCUUCUACGUCUGCCCCUCUCACCUCCAAGACCGCCACUUCUGUUCCCCUAUUGUCGACACAGAAGCGGCGGCCGCCAAGGCCAAAGAAGAGGCUAUGGCGAAGGAAAUCGAGAGGGUGAAGAAGGAGUAUGAGGAGAAGCAGCAGCGGAAGAAGAAUAAGGACGCUGAGAAGGACAAGGACAAGAAGGAAGAUGAUAAAGAUAAAGAUGACAAGUCUGCUACGAAAAAGGGGGAUGAAGAGGACAAGAAAAUGCAGAAGGAACGGGAUGAUAAGAUUGAGAGUAUCAGAAAAUCGACCACUUCGUCGGAUGACUCGCCGAGGGUUUUUGCGUUGCAUAAGAACUUCUAUCAGAUGCGUAUCGACAGGAUGCGCAAUGCUGAGAUGGCUAGAAGGAAUCGUCAGCGCUUGCAGGAUCCUUCUUUGUUCCCGUCUGUCCCGACUGGGGGGCUGUGA